AGAGCUCCAUCAGCGAGGGUCUGCGUCUGUCCUCGGCCUCCACCAACAUCCGGGUGUCUCAGGAGGACUUCAGUCUGCGUCUGGAUGAAGAGCGCUCUGCGUCCGUGAGGAAGGGAGACGUGAUCGCCCUCUACCCCCAGAGCAUGCACAUGGACCCCGACAUCUACCAGGACCCCCAGUCGUUCCGCUACGACCGCUUCGUCCAGGACGGCCGAGUGAAGACGGACUUCUAUAAGAGCGGGCAGAAGCUGAAGUUCUUCCUGAUGCCCUUCGGCUCCGGCGCCUCCAUGUGUCCCGGACGAUACUUCGCCGUCAACGAGAUCAAGCAGUUCCUGAGUCUGGUGCUGCUGUACCUGGACCUGGACCUGCAGCCGGGUCAGAACCGGGUCUCUCUGGACUACAGCCGGGCCGGGCUGGGCAUCCUGCUGCCGGACGCAGACGUACGCUUCCACUACCGGCUGAGAGCCGCCAGCCAGAGCCCGGCCGAGUAGCUUCCACCUUCAUAACCUCUCGCCUUAAAGCUCUCCUAUCGUGCUGUUUUGAGGCAUACAGUAUAUUAUGGGUCUCAGAUAUAUACAAAUAUUUUUUUAAAACAUGUCUAUGAAGUGUUUUGCUCCAAAUACCAAACAGAAACCCAUUCUAGCUUCAAAGCCCUCUAUUUCUAGUUAGCGCUACUUGCUAAUGUAAACACAGACCAUAGUACUUCUAAAACACGUCAAACCCAGUUUGGAUUGAACCACGCCCACUUCACAUUAAAGGUCUCCUAUCAUGCUGUUUGUAGGCAUACAUUGUGGGUAUCAGAUAUCUGAAGUGUCCUGCUCCAAACCCCAAACAGAUACUUCUAUACCCCCCCCCCCCUCUCUUCCAGCUGUUACUAAAGAGAUGACUCUGGGUCUGUAGCUUUAAUAACAAAUAAAGAAAGAGAGAGUAGAUCUCGUUCAGAUUCAGGGCUUUAGAGGAGCUGCUACUGGCUA